AUGGCAGCGGCAGCGGCGGCGGCGCGGUCGCUGCUGGCGGCGGGGCGGGCGGGCGCGGGCGGGCGGCGGUGCCGGGUCCUGCCCCUGCCCGCCGCGGGGGCCGCUCCUUUCUGCACCGUGGCCCCGCAGCAGCAGCAGCAGCCGUCGCCCGACAUGAAGAGCUACCUGUGGUCGCGCUACAAGGAGGCCAAGAGGGUCACCAAGGAGUUGGUUCCUUCGAUUAUGAGUAACAUGCUGAAUCCAGAUGCUAUUUUUUCAAACAAUGAAAUGAGCCUGUCGGACAUUGAAAUUUAUGGUUUUGAUUAUGACUACACGUUGGUCUUUUAUUCUAAACAUUUGCACACGCUGAUAUUCAAUGCUGCUCGAGAUCUUCUUAUCAAUGAACAUCGGUAUCCUGCAGAAAUAAGAAAAUAUGAUUAUGAUCCAAAUUUUGCCAUCAGAGGACUUCAUUAUGAUGUGCACCGGGCAUUGUUAAUGAAGAUCGAUGCUUUUCAUUACAUUCAGCUGGGAACAGUUUACAGAGGCCUCAGUGUUGUCCCAGAUGAAGAAGUUAUUGCAAUGUAUGAUGGUUCCCAUAUCCCUUUAGAGCAAAUGAGUGACUUUUAUGGAAAGAGCUCACAAGGAAAUACAAUGAAGCAAUUCAUGGAUAUAUUUUCCUUGCCAGAAAUGAGACUCCUUUCUUGUGUGAAUGAAUAUUUUCUGAAAAACAACAUAGACUAUGAACCUAUUCAUCUAUACAAAGAUGUCAAGGACUCAAUCAGGGAUGUCCAUAUCAAAGGAAUAAUGUACAGAGCAAUUGAAGCAGAUAUUGAGAAAUACAUCUGCUAUGCUGAGCAAACUCGUGCAGUGUUAGCUAAGCUGGCUGAUCAUGGGAAGAAGAUGUUUCUCAUCACAAACAGUCCCAGCAGCUUUGUGGACAAAGGCAUGAAGUUCAUAGUUGGCAAGGACUGGAGGGAUCUCUUUGAUGUGGUCAUUGUCCAGGCUGAUAAACCAAACUUCUUCAAUGAUAAGCGAAGACCAUUCCGGAAGGUGAAUGAAAGGGGGGUGUUGCUUUGGGACAAGAUUCACAAGCUGCAGAAAGGUCAGAUUUACAAACAGGGUAACUUGUAUGAAUUUCUGAAGCUUACUGGCUGGAGGGGCUCUAAGGUGCUCUACUUUGGUGACCACAUAUACAGUGACUUGGCAGACUUGACCCUGAAGCAUGGCUGGCGCACUGGUGCAAUUAUUCCAGAGUUACGGUCAGAGAUUAAAAUCAUGAACACAGAGAAGUACAUUCAAACCAUGACCUGGCUGCAAACCUUGACAGGAUUAUUGGAACACAUGCAGGUUCACCGUGAUCCUGAUUCUCAGAUGAUUUUAGAAGAAUGGAAGAAGGAAAGGAAGGAACUGAGGGAGAUGAACAGGAAUUUCUUCAAUGCACAUUUCGGAAGCAUAUUCAGAACUGAUGAGAAUCCAACUUAUUUCUUAAGACGUCUCUCUAGAUUUGCAGAUAUCUACAUGGCAUCACUGAGUUGUCUCUUGAACUAUGAGCCUGAUUACACGUUUUAUCCAAGAAGGACUCCUUUGCAGCAUGAACUUCCAGGCUGGUCAGAUCAGCUGUGCACUGGUACAUUCAGAAUACCUUUCCUACAAGAAACAGUUCAGAUCAAAUGAAAACUUGGUGGCUUCUGUCUAAAAUGGACAAAUAUAUCUUGGUUUUUUUGAACGUAUGUGUAUUUUAUUUAAGUCACUUAAAUCUGUUACCUUGGUUUAGAUGUAUCUCAUACUUAAUCUCAUAAGCAUUGUAACUGUUUUCUCCUCUUCUGCUCAGACAUGUGAAAACUCCUCUUACACACAGAAGAGAUGAUGGACUGCCAAAACAGUAGUAGGCCAGGAGGGAGGGCAGCACAUCUGAGGGGAAGGACUGGUGGUGUUCUGAGGUGGUUGUUUUUGUUUAUUGGAAACUUUGAUCUGCAGCCUUGCGGUUUACAAAGAAAUACCUGUACUCUCACUUCUGGCCCUUUUCAGCACUCCAGCUGGAGCCUCUAAUGGAUCUUGGCCCUGAAAAGCUUAAAUCCAGUGUUAGUCAAUUGUCAUUGUCAUGGCUGGGCUUCGCCAACGAAGAUUUGGGGAGGGCUCUACCCGUGUUUGUUACAAGCACGUUGGUGGCUAAAAAGGCCAAUACGAGAUAGGCAUGUCCGGUUGCAAAAGGCACAGCAGAAAGAGAUAAACAGCUAAUAACCAGGUCAGGGUGAGACUCAGAGGGACAGUGUACAUAUUGUACCUUUCCUUGCUGCUGUGGCUAGAGCCUGACCUAACUGAGCUGAUGGCUGUAGUGCCGGUGUGGCUGUGCUGCACUGACAGGCUCAGGCUGAUGGGCUCUUUCUACUGUCUGUGCAGUUUCUGUUCUUGUAAUGUUUGUGCUUGGCUGCAGGUGGACCUGAGCUUAAACCUGAAACUGCCAGUAGCUUGGGCUGCUUUGGCUUCCUCUUGUUAACUUUUAGGCACCUUUCUUUUUAAGUUCCAAAACACUUCAAAUAUCCACUCUCUAGUAAUAAAGUAAUUUCAAGAGGUCUUGCAUUUUGCAUUUCGAAGUGGAGACAGAUCUUUCCAUCAAGCUUUAGUUUGAUCCUAAAUGCUGCUUUUAAAAUUUUUAACAGUGUCUUAUUACAGUGGAAUGCAAUGUGGUUUUGCUGUUUGCUAGGAGAGAAUGUAUUUCAUAUAGCCUUUUACAGUCGGAAGUAAAUACGCACAAUGGGCAAAGGAGUUAAAAGAAAAAUUAAGAAAUGAGAAAAUGAAACCCAGAGUAUUUCUGUUGACAUGUUUUUAGCUCAAGCCCUGAAAGCUGAAUUAGGGAUGGUGCAGAUUUUGCAUAAAGAAAAAUAGUUUUGGUGGUGCAGAUUAAAAGUUUUAUUGAAUUACUGAAAUUGGAGGUAAUGCAUAAACACAAACUCUGGGUAGCAUAUGUUCCAAAGAUUUGAGCUGAAAAAUGUCUACUUUGCACAAGGAAAACAUCUGUUGAUGUGUUUCCUCUAACAGGCACUUUAUAGAACUGCUAUAUAAUUGUUUUUAAGUAAGAAUUAUUUUCUUUCUCUGGAUCCAAAGGAAAUGGGUUGUUUUUUUGUUCUUGUGUUUUGUUUUUUUUUUUAACGGUGCUUCCCACCCCAGCCAUUUUAGCAGGUAUAAUAUGAUUAAUAACUUCCAAAUUUUAGUUAUUAAAGGCUUGGUUUUUAAAAGCAUACAAUUAACAAAACAUAUAGCAUCUGGUGUUCUUAAUUUCACUUGCUUUCUCAUGAUUUUCAGGUAAACAAACUUUUGGUGACCAAAAGUUUUCUCAUUUUGGCUUUUUCUUUUUUAAGCUGUCUGUAUUAUGUGCAAUUACCUAGACUGAAUUUCAUAUACAGUAUCUUUCAUGUUUUUAAAAGCAUGUUUGCAAAGUAAAGAAUGUAUUUUAAUCUAGUCUGCACAAUUUUAUAAGUAGUUUUCCUGUAUGCUUGAAAUCAGUAUGAUGUCCUCAGAGGUGAUUGUGGAUUUUGUUUUCUUGUGCUCCUGUUUCAGACUUGACAUGCAACGUACCUGAAGUGUGUGUGUGUAUUUAAACAGAUGAAUACACUUGAAAUGAGGAAGUUCAUCUGACCGUCCUGCUGUUUUGCUGGAUGGAAAGAUAAAGUUUUGCAGGAAGUUAGUUUGACUUUAUCUGGAGACUUGUUGGUGAGGCUGUGCAAGAAAUAUUUAGCAUAACUUGUUAAUGAAAUGUGGGGAUGGAAAUAUCCCCAUUUGCCUUCAGUUCUUCAUUCUAAUGCUCAGCUACAACCGAACUUGGUGUUACAGGUGUGUAGCACCACUCAUGCUCCAGAGAUUUCAGUUCGCUCUUUAAGAAAAGAAAAAAACCCACCAAAACUACUCUACAUUCUCCAUCUUACUACCAGCAAAUAAGAAGAUUGUAUUAUUCAGUUCUGCAUUAUUGAACUUGAUCAUGUUUCGUUGAUUAUAGCUCUGUGAUGUUUGUUCUUUCAAAGCUGGCUAGGAGCCAGUUUGUUUGCUUAAUUUUCCUGUGUUAAGCAGGAACAGUUUAAUUGGCUUGGAUGGUGUUAUCCACAUAAUACGCAUUUUGUUUGAAGAUUUUCUUCUUUUACCCUUCUGUUCUCUUAACUUAAAAAUCAAACUUCUGUACCAAGCUAUGUUUCAACAGCGAGCUCAAGUAAAAUAUUGUUUAUAUUGCAUGAGUUCUUGAAAUAAACAACGUUGCAUGAAAAGAAUUAAAUAUGGGAGGGUUGUGUUUCCUUAAAACAAUCCAACUAUAUGUAAUAUGAAUUUAAGUGAGAAUAUUGAAGUGUAUUAUUUAUUUUUCAGUGCUAGAAUGCGGCUCUUUAACUUUUAAAAAAUAUCUUGCAUUUUUUUAAUGAUUUCACCUUGGCACUCUCUGUGUUACUUAAUUUAACCUUGUUAUGCUACUGACUUCAAAGAGAUUUUUGAGCAUGUUUAAAAGGCAGUGUUUCUUUAUAUUAAUUUUGAGAGUAUAGUUCAUUUGAACACCAAAGCAAGAAGAAAUUUUUGUUCUGUUCUAUCAAAAACACAGAAGUGAAUAGUCUGUCAGUAAAAGAAAGAGUUUUAUGAACUGUGGGGCUUUUUUUUGUGAUAAAAAUAUUUAAUGAUUAUUACAAAAAUAAAUGUUUGGACUUUA